AUGGCUAACGAACAGUCAAAAGCUUAUAAUUUUUUUAAUGAAAUUGGAUGGUAUAUGAAACUAGAAAAAGACCUUAAUGGAGAAGAUCCUAAAUUAGGUAUUCGUAGAGUAUAUGCUCCUUCAGUAGGUACUCCUGCAGUAUUAAUUCCUGUACCACGUGCUCAUAAUAGUGAUUUUGAAGGUUCUGUUGAUGGUGAUCUUGCAGGAGAGGCUCUUGAUAAAGAUGUUGAAGAUCUACUUGGUGAUGAUACUCGAAGACAUAUACUUGUUAGUAAUCCUCAGCCUGUUACUGAAGAAGGUAUUAAUAAUGAAAGUAUUAUUAAAGUUAUUAAGGAAAAAUGUAAUUCCAUUUCAGGAGGUAUUCCUUUGAGCCAUGGUUUAGGAACAAAAAUUUGUAUACAGUUUUUUAAUCUCAUUGAAAGAAUGCCAUUUUUUAAGGUGCAAAAACCGGAUAAAAAUACUUAUGCAAGCGAUUGUGGAUUUUUAAACUACUGGUUAAACUAUAGGAUAAGAAACGAAAAUACAGAUUGCAACCUUUGCGUCCAAAAUUUUUAUAAGGAAUUUAAAAAUUUUAUUGAAGAUAUUAGCAGUAAUCAUAUGACAAAUUGUCAUAUAUCUGAUAUCAAUGAGAAUGAUUUUGAAAAUAUGAAGUUAUUAUAUGAUUUACAUAAUUAUUACGACAAAAUUAAUAAUUAUUUGUAUUAUAAUUCAAAUGAUGAUGAUGAUAAACCCUGUUCAUAUUAUAUAGAGAAAUGCAUUAGUGAAUAUAAAAAGCUUGAACCCAAGUGUCCCAACAAUGAUGUUUAUUUUUGUAAGGCCUUUGACGAAUUUAAAUAUACACUUAGGGAACUUUACUUUGUGUCGAACUAUUCAAAUAAAUGCGAGGCGUCACUUUUAAAAAAAUUAUCCGAAUUAGCUGGGGUGUCAGAAAUUUUUUCUAAUUCAGAAGAAAGUGGAUACACCAUAAAUGCCACGUUUUUAGGUGAAUCAGGAAUAGGAAAUAAAAUGAAAAACUUGGUAAUAUCAACAGUGUUAUCAAUGAUGGCUGUGUUAUUUAUAUGUUUGUAUACUUAUAAGUACACAACUUUUGGACCAAGAUUAUAUAAUAUAAUACAAAGGAAAAUAAUGGAUAGAAAAAAUAUGAACAAUAAAAAUAAAAAUACAAUGCUCCAUAUUUCUGAAGAACAUAAAAGGUAUUCAAGCAUUGGAGAAUACGCUAUAUUAUAUUAUUAG